AGUCGAUAUUCAGACAAUUGGCUUGCUUGCCGCGUUGCUUCAGAUCCUCAUCACUCGAAGGUCGUGACGCACAGGGAUUUCAUAGAGUAUCUUCAUCAUAUUGAAACGGCAGGCCUACCAACUUCACACAACUCUUCGUCGUCAAAUCAUCCCACUCAUCAGUCCAACUCAACUCAACAGCGCAGUCACUCACGACGCAGGCGACACAACCCUCAAACCCUCAUUAGCCACUCAUACAUCGCCAUGCCAGACGACCCUCUCGAAGGCGUCUUCAACAUCGAGGACCGCUUCUACCAACAAGGGUACAAGCAGGGUCUCGAAGACGGCACCGCCGCCGGCCGCGCCGAGGGACGGUCCUUUGGCAUGCAAAAGGGCUUCGAGAAGUUCGCCGAGAGCGGCCGCCUCGCCAGCCGUGCCGUCGUCUGGGCCAACCGCAUGCCGCGCAAGGAGGACCCAGCCGGCGCGACGGGGCCAGAGGAGGAAGAGUCGACCGCAGCCGCAGCCGCCGCCGCCGGAGCUGCCCAGGAGCGGUGCAGACUGCCGCCGCUGGCGAGCAACGCUCGGCUGGACAAGAACAUCAGGCUCCUGUACGCGCUCGUGGAGCCGGACACGCUGUCCACGGAGAAUACGGACGAGGCGGUGCAGGACUUUGACGACCGUGUGAAGAGGGCGCAGGGCAAGGCCAAGGUCGUGGAGCGCAUGGUUGGCUAGGCUCGCUUUCGCAUCACAUACACGGCGUUUGACAUCGUACUUGACACUUGGGGGUGCAUUAUCACGCAUGGAGUUCGGAUAGGGUUAUGGGAACAUUGGAAUAUGUCAAAACAACAUAGGGAAU